UGUCUCGCGGCCUCACAAACGCAGACCCCGCGACGCCGCCACGCCACGCCACGACAAGGCCUCGGCCCCUCUCGACCUCGCUUCCUCCGCCUCCCAGGGGCCCGCCGCUGCUUAGGGUUUCGAGGGCCCGCUCCCCUCCGGCCACCGCCGCCGGCGAUGCCAGCGCGCCUGUGCAGGUAGCCGCCCCCCGCAGCCCUACCGACCUCCUCUGUCCCCGCGCGCUAUGUCGCUUCUACGGAGGAGGAAGCAACAGCAGCCGCCGCCGCCCUCGCCGGGGGAUGACAGCAAUGGCUCCGACCACGACGAGAAGGAUAAGGGCGACAAGGGGAAGAAGCCGGCUCAGCCCUCCUCCUCCUCCUCCGCACCGCCGUCGAAGGAGGCCGGGAGGCGGGUCAAAGCCAAGUGGUCGUGCGUGGACAGCUGCUGCUGGCUGGUGGGGUGCGUGUGCUCGGCCUGGUGGCUGCUGCUCUUCCUUUACAACGCGAUGCCGGCGUCGUUCCCGCAGUAUGUCACGGAGGCGAUCACGGGGCCGCUCCCGGACCCGCCCGGGGUGAAGAUGCAGAAGGAGGGGCUGCAUGCCAAGCACCCGGUUGUCUUCGUUCCCGGGAUCGUCACCGGGGGGCUCGAGCUCUGGGAGGGACAUCAGUGCGCUGAGGGUCUCUUCCGCAAGCGCCUCUGGGGCGGCACAUUCGGUGACGUGUAUAAGAGGCCUUUAUGCUGGGUUGAACAUAUGUCAUUGGACAAUGAAACUGGAUUAGAUAAACCAGGAGUAAGAGUUAGGCCGGUCACAGGCCUUGUCGCAGCAGACUAUUUUGUCCCAGGAUACUUUGUUUGGGCAGUCUUGAUUGCCAAUUUAGCUCGUAUUGGAUAUGAAGAGAAGAACAUGUACAUGGCUGCGUAUGAUUGGAGGUUAUCUUUCCAGAAUACUGAGGUCCGUGAUCAAACGUUGAGCAGAAUAAAGAGUAACAUUGAACUCCUGGUAGCGACUAAUGGUGGAAAUAGGGUUGUGGUGAUCCCACAUUCCAUGGGAGUUCUCUAUUUUCUUCAUUUUAUGAAGUGGGUGGAAGCACCUCCUCCCAUGGGCGGUGGUGGUGGACCUGAUUGGUGUGCGAAGCACAUCAAAACUGUAGCAAAUAUUGGCGGACCUUUCUUAGGAGUUCCCAAGGCUGUAGCUGGGCUUUUCUCGUCUGAGGCCAAAGAUGUUGCUGUUGCAAGAGCUAUUGCGCCAGAAGUGUUAGACUCUGAUUUUCUUGGACUUCAGACCUUGCGCCACUUGAUGCGUAUGACCCGUACAUGGGAUUCAACCAUGUCAAUGAUCCCUAAAGGCGGCGACACUAUCUGGGGGGGUCUGGAUUGGUCUCCAGAAGAUGGUUUUGAGUGUAAAGCUAAGAAGCAAAAAACCAAUGAUUCUGAGGUUUCCAAGGAUGUUGCUGGGAGGCCUGUCGAAGUUCAUCGAGAGCCUGUGAACUACGGAAGACUGGUGUCUUUUGGAAAAGAUGUAGCAGAAGCUCCACCUUCGGAUAUUGAGCAGAUAGAAUUCCGUGAUGCUGUGAAAGGCAAUAACAUUGCCCAUUCAAACACAUCAUGUGGGGAUGUAUGGACAGAGUAUCACGAAUUAGGCUGGGGUGGAGUGAAGGCAGUUGCAGACUACAAAGUUUACACUGCCAGCUCUAUCAUAGAUCUUCUUCGCUUUGUUGCUCCAAGGAUGAUGCAGCGUGGUAGUGUUCAUUUCUCAUAUGGAAUUGCUGAUAACUUGGAUGAUCCAAAAUAUGAUCACUACAAGUAUUGGUCAAACCCCUUGGAGACAAAACUACCAAAUGCACCUGAAAUGGAAAUAUUUUCAAUGUAUGGAGUAGGCAUUCCUACUGAAAGAGCAUAUGUCUAUAAGUUAGCCCCACAGGCGGAGUGCUACAUACCCUUUCAGAUAGAUGCCUCCGCUGAGGGUGGGGAUGAGUGCUUGAAAGGUGGUGUCUACUUGGCUGAUGGUGACGAGACUGUUCCAGUUCUUAGUGCGGGUUAUAUGUGUGCCAAAGGAUGGCGAGGAAAAACUCGCUUCAACCCUUCUGGCAGCAAGACUUAUGUCCGAGAAUAUAGUCAUUCUCCACCCUCAAAUCUCCUCGAAGGCAGGGGCACACAGAGUGGGGCACACGUUGAUAUCAUGGGGAACUUUGCUUUGAUGGAGGAUAUUAUCAGGAUUGCUGCUGGGGCGACCGGCGAGGAAUUAGGUGGUGAUCAGGUGUACUCUGGUAUAUUCAAAUGGUCAGAAAAGAUCAAUCUGAAAUUAUAACAUGUCUAGUAGGAAAUCAUGUGAUUUACUUACAAGGAGGCAGAUUUCUCUAGUUGAAUUAUUAAUUUUGGUUUGAUAAUGUAAUGUGUUUUCCUCACACCUUAUUGCAAUAUUCUGGUCCGGCAUUGUAUAUUAAAAAUGUAUAGAAGUACGUCCGUUACAUUUGCAUUCUAUGAUACUUUCCUUUGUGAUGAGAAUUGAGAAGAAAUAUUGUGAAAAUCAUUUGUACAUCAGUUAUAACAAAUCAUUUGUUCACCAA